ACUCCAACGGGCAGUGCAUUCCCGCAGCCACCCGUGACGCAACUGUUUGACAGUCCGGGUCAUAACCACUCCCACUCCCAUAUAAGAUCACAACGUGUUCUAUCUCCACAUUGCACCACAGUCAAGCACCUCUCCUUAUCUACUGUCACACCGCGCCCACUUUUUAUCUUCCCUACCACACCAUCGCACCUCGCAAAUAAUAACCACUACCCCUCAUACUCACAAAUAGCCAGCAAAUCAUCACCGGACGAUGAAUCAAUACACCUUUCCGUCCUCCCAUUCACCCUACAGUACCCAUCAGUCUGUUGCCUACCCCACUUCUUCACACUCGCAACACGGUCAUGGGAGUUACAACUACGGUACUCCCCUGAGGCGGGCAUCUACCGGGCAUACCUACGCAUCUAGCCCACAAUACGGGUACCCCCCUGUAGUCCAGGCCCCGCAGACUACUCAAUACUUGUCUGUGCCUAACUCUCACCACCGCAGCAGGAGUCAGAGCAGGCACAGUCAUAGCAGACCCAGAGCCAACAGCCACAGUCAUCACGGGCAUGGGCACGGGCAUGGAUACAGUACAACUGCUACCUACCCAGUCACAUACGCAACAUCUGCUCCCGUAUACAUCCAACCUAACUCGGGACAUCAUCGCUCUCAUUCUCAUUCCACGUCACACAGACACCGUUCGCACUCGCGCCCUGCUCAUUCUUACGCAGGUGGUGGCGAUUAUCACAGAGGUCGAUCAGUCUCAAUCGGUGACCGCUUUCGCAAUUUCCUUGGAAUGGAGCCCUCAUCGAACUCUUACUACAAUUCCUACGGAAAUCAAGGGCACGGGCACCACAACUCUUACGGUGGUAUGAGAGAUGAAAGAAGACCGAGGAAACACAGUGGCUAUGUGGACGAACAUGGAAGAGAAGUGGAUAGUCGUGGACGGAUGAUCCAUCGCUAUUAAUUCAGGCAGCUGUUUUUACUAAAUGUAGUUUAGGUACCCGAAGGGCAGGACCCAGUGUCAUCUGACUUUAUCUUGUUUGAACUAUGAUUUAUAUAUUACUAGCUCUUGUGUACAAUCAAGUCUAAUUCGCGAAUUCAUGAAUGCUAAUUGCCCAUAUA